AUGCGUCCCCCGCGCAAUCGGGACUCAGCGGACGUCAACUUUGACGACUCGUGGAACGUGCUGUCCACUGCGAUGCAAGAAAUGUACAAGAAGAACGCGUCUCGGCUGUCAUACGAAGAGCUCUACCGAACCGCCUACACGCUCGUGCUGAAGAAGCAUGCCGAGAAACUGUACAACGCGUUCAAAUCGUUUGUAGCGCAGCACCUGCGCGACAUGGUCGCAAACGAACUCGCGCCGCUGGCGAGCAACACCGCGAACUCGCUCUCGGCAGACGGCUUGGGCUCGACGGUUGCGGUCCCGCUGGCGACGGCGGAUCAGCGCGAGGCCGGGAUACGGUUCUUGAAAGCGGUGAAAGUGCAGUGGGAUGACCAUUGUCUGUGCAUGCGGAUGAUUAGCGAUAUCCUGAUGUACAUGGACCGGGUUUAUUGCAAGGAGUUGCAGCUCCCGCUGAUCUACGACGCGGGCUUGGCUUUGUUCCGCGACCACGUUAUCCGCAACAAGGAAUUCCAAGUCGGAGAGCACAUCUACGCCGUGAUCUUGAACCAGAUCCGACUGCAGCGGGACGGGGAUCUCGUCGAUACCUCGGCGAUCAAGGCGGCGGUGCUGAUGCUCGAGUCGCUGACCGAGGACAAGAUCGACGGCGAGACAGUCUACUCGCGCUCGUUCGAGCCCAAGUUCCUGCGCUCGUCGACCGAGUUUUACGUUGCCGAGGCGGCGAAGAUUUCGCGCGAGUGCCUGUCCGGCCAGUACCUGGUCGAGACCGAGAAACGGCUUAAAGAAGAGCACGAGCGCGCAAUGACGUACCUGUCGGUCUCGACGGAGCCCAAGAUAAUCAGCAUAGUCGAGGAGACGAUGAUUACAAAGAACAUCAUCGCCGUCAUGCACUCUGAGAAAUCCGGCAUCAACCAGAUGAUCCUCAACGAGCGCAUGGACGACCUGCAACGUCUCUACCGGCUCGUCGCCCGCGUCGACCCUGAAAAGACAGAUUUACGGAACUCGCUCAUGACCAGGGUCACGCAGCAGGGUACCGAGAUCAACCGCGACGCGCUCGAAGAUCUCAAGAAACCCGAGCGAGCAAAGGGCGUGUCUGCGCAGAACGCGGCCACGAUGACGGCGUUCAAGUGGGUCGAGGCGGUGCUGGGUCUCAAAGAGCGCUACGACCGGAUCCUGAACGAUACAAUGGACGGCGACAACAAAGUCCAGACGUCGCUGACAAAAGCGUUUUCUACCUUCAUCAACCAGAUGAGCCGGUGUAGCGAGUUUCUGUCGCUGUUUAUCGACGAUAAUCUCAAGAAAGGACUGAAAGGCAAGACGGAGGAGGAAGCAGAGGCGGUGCUCGACCGCGCGAUUACGUUGUUUCGGUAUAUCGAUGACAAGGAUGUGUUUGAGACGUAUUACAAGUCGCAUCUCGCGAAGCGGUUAUUGGGCGGGCGGUCGAUAUCGGAUGAUGUCGAGCGGAUGAUGAUUACAAAGCUGAAGAUGGAAGUUGGAUUUUCAUUUACCACAAAGUUAGAGGGGAUGUUCAAAGACAUGAAAGUGUCCCGCGACAUGACGGAAGAAUACAAAACCUACAGCCAAGAGCACGACAGCGAUCGGCGGACCGAGCUCUCAGUCUCUGUCCUGACCUCAACAAACUGGCCGGUCUCGCUCUCGAGCGGCGAGCAAAGCAGCAGCAGCACGUGCGUGUACCCGUCCGAGAUCGAGCACGUGAAGCGGUCGUUUGAGAAAUUCUACGUGGACCGCCACAGCGGCCGCGUGCUGACGUGGAAACCAAAUAUGGGCAACGCGGACCUGCGCGCGACGUUCAAGAAGCGAAAGUACGGGCUGAACGUGUCGACUUACGCGAUGGUCAUCUUGACGCUAUUCAACGACGUCGCGGACGGCGACGCGCUCUCGUUCGAAGAGAUUCGCGCGGCGACAUCGAUUUCCGAGCCUGAGCUCGUGCGCAAUCUGCAGUCGCUCGCGGUGGUCCCCAACACGCGCGUGCUGCUCAAAGAGCCAAUGUCCAAAGACAUCAAACCGACCGAUCGCUUCUCGGUCAACGUCAACUUCGAGUCGCAUUACCUGAAAAUCAAGAUCCCGACGGUCGCCUACAUCAACAAGACGGAGACCGAGAAAGAACGCAAGGAGACGGUGGACAAGGUCGACGAGUUACGACGGUACCAAACCGACGCUGCGAUCGUGCGUAUUAUGAAAGCGCGCAAGACGCUCGAGCAUAAUAUUCUGGUGGCCGAGGUCACGUCGCAGCUGUCGAGCAGGUUUCAUCCCGAUGCUAGUCUGAUCAAGAAACGAAUCGACGCGAUGCUGGAGCGCGAGUAUAUCGAGCGGUCGAGCGAUAACCGACAGGUUUAUAAUUAUCUUGCCUAA